CGAUCUUUUCCGGGUCGAGAAAAUUAGCAACACCCAUGAAUGUGAGCUAGCGGGCCCGAAUCGUUCAUCUAAAAAAAAACGGAGGAAAUAUAAUCGGACAUUUAACACGUACAGUACAGAGCAUUCACGUGUAUCGUUGUGUAACCGUAUGACACAGCGAUGCCGGGGCUCAGCUGUCGAUUUUACCAGCACCGGUUCCCAGAGGUGGAGGAUGUUGUGAUGGUGAACGUGAGGUCCAUUGCCGAGAUGGGCGCAUACGUCAGCCUCUUGGAAUACAACAGCAUCGAGGGCAUGAUCCUCCUGAGCGAGCUGUCGCGUCGACGUAUUCGCUCCAUCAACAAGCUCAUCCGCAUAGGCCGCAAUGAGUGCGUGGUCGUCAUCCGAGUAGACAAAGAGAAGGGAUACAUUGAUUUAUCAAAAAGAAGAGUUUCACCAGAGGAGGCCAUCAAGUGUGAAGAUAAAUUCACCAAAUCCAAAACUGUGUACAGCAUCCUGCGACACGUUGCAGAGGUGCUGGAAUACAGUAAGGACGAGCAGCUAGAGAGCUUGUACGAGCGCACCGCCUGGGUGUUCGAUGAGAAAUACAAGAGGCCAGGAUACGGAGCGUACGAUGUCUUCAAACAGGCUGUAUCAGAUCCGGCCAUUCUGGACGGGCUGGACUUAAAUGAGGAGGAGAGGAAUGUGCUCAUUGAUAACAUCAACAGGCGACUCACUCCACAGGCUGUCAAAAUCAGAGCAGACAUUGAAGUGGCGUGUUACGGCUAUGAGGGCAUCGAUGCCGUGAAGGCAGCUCUGAGGGCCGGGCUUGGCUGCUCCACAGAGACCAUGCCCAUCAAGAUCAACCUGAUCGCUCCCCCUCGCUACGUGAUGACAACGACCACUCUGGAGCGCACAGAGGGCCUGUCUGUCCUCAACCAGGCCAUGGCUGCUAUCAAGGAGAAGAUUGAGGAGAAGAGAGGCGUCUUUAACAUCCAGAUGGAGCCCAAGGUGGUGACGGACACGGAUGAGACGGAGCUCGCCCGGCAGCUGGAGAGGCUAGAGCGAGAGAACGCAGAGGUGGACGGAGACGACGACGCAGAGGAGAUGGAGGUCAAGGCGGAGGACUAGAGGCCAUCGUGGCAUGAAGGCUGUUGGUGAACAAAACUUCAAAGGGGAAAUGUGGACAGACCUGGCCACAGUCACAACAGAUGUUAACUUUCACAUUGCAAACAUUAACUGGCGUUAAUAGUUCAUUGGCAAACGUCCCGGUUUGUUAUUUCGGAAGAUGGUAACACAAAAAGCUGUCUUCCUAUGCAGAUAUUGAAGGAAAGUUAAAUUACAAAUUAAACAACAAUAUAGUUUCUUUUUUUUUAAUGACAUCGAUUUGAAUAAAUAACAAAAGCUGUUUCCGAGCAGUGGCCUUUACUUCGCUCUUGCUUAAGAGCCCAGUGUCUUCAGUAUCCAUGGCUCUUCAUCUCUGGAUGUGAUUGAUUUAAAGGCUCGUCAGUAUCAACACCGGUCAAUCGUGACAUUAUGUGCUUUUUUUUCUUCCAGUUAGAGGGUUUUUACUGGCAAGACCUGCUCUUGUUUAGCUCACAUGGCAUCAAUAAAGUUCUGGAAGUUUUGAUCUUAA